AUCCGAAUUGUGUAAAGCGAAUACACAGAAGUACACUCAACUACGAUCACAGCAAAGAGAAAUAAUCAAUCAAGACGAAUACCGACGCCUCAAUGGCGAGACAGCAGUCUACCACAUCCAGGCGCUCGUCCCAAAGCCGGAAUGCUUCCAGAGUCAGGUCAUCGCGGUCAGCGUCACCAAGUUCAAAGGCCGCGGAAAUGGGAACGUUGCCGAAGUUGAAGCUGAAACUCAGGCUCAAUCUCAAUAAUCCAGAAAAGAAGACAAAUCCGUUUCCUACGAUGGUGGACGACCAGAGUACAGGCUACAGCAGUGACCUUCCACAGUACCCUGCUUCGCAGCAGUCAGCGAACACGCGAACUGGACGGACAUUACAUAAACCGCAGCAUGAGGAUGUCAUACAGGGCAGUGACUAUGACCAGUUGAUGGGUCUUAGCUCUCAGGGCUUUGGUGACGACGACAUCAAGUUUCAGCCAGAUUUCUUGAGGUACUCGGGAACCUUCUCAUCAAACAAGCGUCAGAAAAAGCGAAGCGUGGGUCGUCCACGCCGCAAACAACCCUCGUUCACAUCCCACCUGGAUAAGGUCAGCGAGGAAGAAGACUGGCCAUCGUCAUCCACUCUCCCAGCUCAGUCUUCUCUCGAGCAUACCUGCUUCCAACCAAGCCAGGACGUCUACGACAUCUUGAAUAGCCUCAAGGCUACCACCAAAACCCACAUAGAUCUCCCCAGUCUCAGCAACACCAACGACCCGGACGCCAUCCAACCCUACAGCGCCGAGCUUCUCACCCACCUCUACAUAACAUGCUACCACCAAAACCUCUGGAACCUCUGUGACCUGAUCACUGACACCUGGAUCCGCGCCUUCCACUCUCGCCGCAAAAAAGCUUACACAGACCCCGCCUACACCCUCUGGCGCUCCAACAAAGCCCUCGAAAACCGCAAACGCAAAGCCCACCGCGCCCGACUUACCGGUGUACUCAUCCCCUCAGAAUUCGACCCUAACCCCCGAAACCUGGGUCUCGGCCCCACAGACCCCGACCUUGACGCCAACAUAACAGACACGCACAUCGACCUCCUCAACCUCCUCUACCACCACACGCCCCCCACCUGCGGCGCACGCAUGCUGUGGGCCGACGCGCUAGCGCUGGCAGGCGAUCAGACGGAAAAAGAGAUGGAGACGGCGCAGAGGAGGGGGGUGGAGGUGCAUCCGGAUUUAGUGUGGAAUGUUAUGCAGAGUGGAUUGAGGAUGGUGAGGAGGCGGUUGACGAUGAAGUGUGAGGAGGGUACUGAGGGGGCGUGGUGUAGGCGGUAUCAUGAGCAUGGGAGGCAUGGAAAGGAGGGGGAGAGGUGUUAUAGGGAGGUUGCUGCGGAGGAGGAGGAGGAGUAG